AUGGAUUUGGCCAGCUUGAAUGACGGGUUUGAGGGUUCGGUGUUGACCGCAUACUGGAAGGACAUGCUGUCACAGUAUGCACAGCUCAGACUUUGCAAAAAUGCAUCCACUGCACAAAUUGAUUGGCAUUCAUCCAUUCAGGACAUGGGGCCAAAUAAGAGUGGCACUUGCGUUUUUUUGGUGGAACUCCUUGGCCCCUCCAAUUUUCCAGAGCCUCAUCAGCAAGGAUGCCAGCAGUUGAGUCAGAGUCUGCAGAAGUGCCUUCGACAUCGGCAGUUGUUGACGCUGUUUUAG